CACCGCCGGCGCCGCCAUCUGCCACGAGCAGCAGCCGUUGAAGAGCUACUCCGCCAGCACCAUUGAUCCUUGUUCACUGCAAUACAACAGGGAAAUGGUGAGCAAGCAGCAACACGAGUGCGAGCAAGUGCAGGACUCGGACACCCUCUCGAUGCUGACCUCCAUGAGCGCGAGGAACACCAACACGGGCAGCAUGUUCCCGUUCUCAAAGGAACAUCAUAACCACAAUCCUUUCGAGGUGACGAGCUCGAGGCCGGACUACGGGCUGGUUUCCUCCGACUCGCUGAUGAGCUCCCCCCACAGCUCCCUGGAGAACGUCAACCUGCUCACCUCGCAGCGAGCGCUCUCGAGCGAGCAGCAGAGCUCGCUCUCCCUGCAGCACUUCGCGGACUGGCCGAGGACGCCGUCGCAGCAGGGGCAGGGAGGGGGAGGCCUCUCAUGGCCGGACGCCGAGGACAUGCAGCAGGUUCAUCAGCGGACCCAGCAGCUCUCGGUGUCCGCCGCUCCGAUGGCGUCCUCCGACCUGUCGUCGGCCUCCACGUCCCCCAUCCACGAGAAGCUCAUGCUGUCGCCCCUCAAGCUGAGCCGCGAGUACAGCCCCAUCGGCCUCAGCGUCGCGGCCACGGCGGCAGCGGCGGCGAAGGACGAGGGGGAGGCGAACUGGAUGCCCAUGUUCCGCGACUCGUCCAUGGGCGGGCCACUGGGGGAGGCUCUGAACAAGAACAAUGGCGGCAACAUGGAGGCCAAGAACUACCUGUCGGCGUCGCUGAACCUCAUGACGGACGCCUGGGACUCGAGCCCGCUGGAGUCGUCGCCGGUGGGGGUCCUGCAGAGGACCGCCUUCGGGUCGGUGUCCAGCAGCACCGGCAGCAGCCCCAGGCAGGAGUACCACGGCGUGUAUGAUGGUAACCCGCGGGAUGAUCUCGGCUCCAUCGUCGUGAAUCACCCCAGCAUCCGCCUCAUGUGAGCUUCUUCUUCCGAGCUCUGACCAUGGAGAGCUGCAACGAGAAGGCUGGCCGGUUGGCAACGAACGAACGAGCUUGGGCAGGUCUUCUUCUUCACGUGCCUUGUUACAUAUCAACAUCAUCAUAUCCAGAAGCAUUUUACGUUGUAGCUUGUCAUUUGAGACUAAUCUGUUGUUGUCUUCUCUGCUUCCGGAUGUUGAGUUCUUUCUUUUUAUCUUUUUCUCUGUAACCUUAGACAUCGCUGGGUAUUGACGUUGUGUGUGUGUGGAUGGAUUUGGUAGUGCUACGCUGUUGCAUAAUGUGAUAAUGUCCAGUUAAUGCUGCGAUGCCAUAAUAGUUGUUGAGUAAUGCAAGCUGGCAUACUUUCAUCUUUGCU